GCUGCUUGUUGUUCCCGCAGAGAGGCGAGAAGAUGGCGGCCGUGUCUAGCGGAGGUGCUGCUGGGUCCGCGGCGGCUGCAAUUACGCACCCUGCCCGACAGACCCAAGCAGGAAUGGUCUCCCAGAACCGGGCCCCGCCGUCCUCUGGGAUCAACCCCACUGGUCGUACCACCACGGCCACCGGGUGCAUCACUAAUCCCGGGCACACUUCGGCCACCAGGCCCCCUCCAGCCCGAGUGGGCCACUACGAAAUCGAGCGGACCAUCGGCAAGGGAAAUUUUGCGGUUGUUAAACUAGCCACACACAUCAUCACCAAAGCAAAGGUGGCUAUAAAAAUUGUGGAUAAGACCCAGCUGGAUGACGAAAACCUGAAAAAGAUCUUCAGAGAGGUGCAAAUCAUGAAGUUGCUGAAGCACCCCCACAUCAUCCGCCUCUAUCAGGUGAUGGAGACGGAGAAGAUGAUCUAUCUGGUAACAGAGUACGCCAGUGGGGGAGAGAUAUUCGACCACCUGGUGGCCCACGGGCGCAUGGCAGAAAAAGAUGCCAGGAAGAAGUUUAAGCAGAUUGUGGCAGCGGUCCACUUCUGUCACUGCCGCAACAUCGUCCACAGAGACUUGAAAGCUGAGAAUCUGUUACUGGACCACAACCUAAACAUUAAAAUCGCAGAUUUUGGCUUCAGCAACAUAUUUUCCCGAGGUCAGCUGUUGAAGACGUGGUGUGGCAGCCCUCCCUAUGCUGCUCCAGAGCUUUUUGAGGGUAAAGAGUACGAUGGACCCAAAGUAGAUAUAUGGAGCUUAGGUGUGGUGUUAUAUGUGCUGGUGUGUGGCGCCUUACCCUUUGAUGGCAGCACUCUUCAAAAUUUGCGAGCGCGUGUCCUCAGUGGAAAGUUCCGCAUCCCCUUCUUCAUGUCCACAGACUGUGAGUACUUAAUUAGACACAUGUUAGUUCUGGAGCCCAGCAGACGGUUGAGUAUGGAGCAGAUCUGUAAGAACAAGUGGAUGAGACAAGGAGACCCAGACCCAGACUUCGACAGGUUGAUAGCGGAGUGUGAGCAAGUGAAGACGGAGAGAGAGAUAGAGCUAAUCAAUGAGCAGGUGCUGAUGGCCAUGUCUGAGACGGGCUUGGACCGAGAGCGCACAAUUCAGUCCCUGCAAACAGAUGCAUACGAUCACUACAGUGCCAUCUACAGCCUGCUCGCGGAGCGCCUCAAGAAACACAAGACGCUGCGUGUCGCACCGCCCCCGCCACGUUCCAUUAGCUACCCUCUAAAUGCCGUUCAGCAGACAGACCAACCAGGUAAUCCUGUUGGCAUGACCGUGCCCCAUGUCCAGCUCAUCAACCCAGAGAACCAAAUUGUAGAGCCUGAUGGUAACAUGGCCCUAGACAGUGACGAAGGGGAGGAGCCGUCUCCAGAGGCAAUGGCUCGCUACCUUUCAAUGAGGCGGCACACUGUGGGAGUACCAGACCAAAGGACAGAGAUGCAGGAAGAACUCCAAAAGCUUCCACCAGGUUUCCCUCGUGGUGUGAUCCCUCAACCCCCCUUCCCCCAACUUGCCCCCACUAUGGCCCAAAUGCACACUCUCAUGCCCACACAGAGCUUGCAGCCUACACAGCAGCUGGAGUACAAGGAGCAAUCGCUGCUGCAGCCGCCUACCCUGCAGCUGCUCAACGGCAUGGGGCCCCUGGGCCGAAGAGCUUCCGAUGGCGGGGCCAACAUCCAGCUGCACGCUCAGCUCCUGAAGAGGCCCCGAGGGCCUUCGCCACUCGUCACCAGCCCGCAUCCUAACACCGCUGUAGCUCCAGUGGAUGAGGAGGGUUCAGAUGGAGAGCCAGACCAAGAGGCGGUGCAGAGGUACCUGGCGAACCGCUCCAAGCGGCACACGACGCACGUGCUCCCAAGCACAUCGCAUGGCGAGCCCUCGACAGAGUCACAGCGGCCCCAGGGCCCCCGCCAGAGGGCCGGCUGGGUGCCUGACACAUACGCCCGAUCCACCUAUAAAGACUGUAACACCCUCCACCUCCCCAUGGAGCGCUUCUCUCCUGUCAGACGCUUCUCUGAUGGCGCCGCUUCCAUCCAGGCUUUCAAGGCUCACCUGGAGAACAGCAGCCUCAUUAAGCAGCUCAAGCAGGAGUGUGAGCAGCUCCAGAAGAAGUAUGCUGCCCAGCAGGAUGAACGCUUCCUUGAGCACACCCAGCAGCAGCACAUACUGUACCAGCAAGAGCAACAAAUCCUUCACCAGCAAAUCCAGGGUCUGUCUUUAGGCCAUGGAGAGAGCCAGCCCAGUCACUUAACCCACCAGCUCCAGAGGUUGCACAUCCAGCCCUCCAGCCCUCCGCCAACUCAUCCCAGCAACCACCUCUUCAGACAGCCCAAUCAGAGUUCUCCGCCUGGCUCUGCAGGCCUAAUGCAAGGGCAUGGGGCUCAGUCAUCGGUGCAGUACCAACACGGUGCUCCAGCGCUGUACCAGGGACAAAGUGGCAGCCCGCCCCCUACAGGCCUGCCUCGAGUCACUCUCCCAGCCAAUUCGCAGACAGCACCCGGCCGCCCUGCCGUCCCACUGGCACCGGGCGUACCGCAACAGCAGCAGGUGACCAUUCAGGUGCAGGAUGUGGAGCUGGGAGGAGGGGCACAGAGACCAGGCAGUUUCCUGUCCACACCGGGUGGACACAGAGUCCUCGGGAAGCAGCUCAGUGCAGACAACGCCGAGACGCACAGCCGCAGCCUUGGCCGUUUCACCUCCGCCUAUGACCAGGCCCAUUUCAAUCCACACCUCUUCUCCGGCGACGCUGCCUCUCGGGGCGCCUCCGGAGUCGUUUGCUCCUACAACCCCUACCUGCAGGCUGCCUCCCUGAAAGUCCCAGGCCUGGAGGGCUACCAGGCUGUGGGGACCGGCAGCUACGGGACCCCCUCCACACUACAGCAGGCCCUGCUCUCCCCGACUCCUUUGGACUACCGCCCCCCGCAGCAGCACGUCACUCCCACCCUGCAGGGCCUCCUGUCUCCUCGGCAUUCUCUGACGGGCCACGCGGAUCCCAGGUUGCCCCCGCAGGACUUGGCUGCCCUCCUGAAGAGACAGAACCUCCGGCAGUGCCCUGCGCCCCAAACCCCUCCCAGCGGUGCAGCACAGGAGUUUGGAGAAAUGCUGCUCCUCCGCCAGCUGAGCCCGGGAGACACCCUGGAGCCCCCCGUGGCUCAGCCUGCAUCAGGGGGUCAACAUUACCACCAUCUCCUCCAAAUACAGCCCCCAGAGGUUCAACAGCAGCCGCAGCACGUGACGCAGGCACCAUGUCCCAGUUUACCACACUCAGAGAGCAUGGAAGAGGACGAGGCCCCUGCUGGAUACCACCACCCUCAUGAAGGCUUGCUGGCUAAAGCAGGAGACCCACAUGAGCUCCUGGGGCCCCCCCGAGGUGGCACCCCACCUUACAACUCCCCUACACACAGGCACGGUGCUUACAUAAGGAGUCCUCCUGCUUCAAGAGAGUCUGAGCAUGUAGAGUGCCGGCCCCAAGGACAGGCCAUGGAAGUGCCUGAUCACAACGGGCUGAACUAUCAGCGAGGCCCCCAAAGCGAAGUCUAUAGAUCUAGAGGGCAGCUUCAGCGUCACCACACCAUUCAGACCUGUGACGAUGCCUACGAUCAGGCAGAUCCCAUGUCUGGUAUGAGCCUCUUGGCAGGAAAGGCGCUCAGCUCGGCUCGCAUGUCCGACAUUCUCAGCCAGACGUCUCUGACUGGAAGCCAGCAGCUUCACCAGCGAGAGGAGUCAGUUUGCGAUGUAGAAGGGGAGCUCCAUGCUGCAGCCUGUUACCCAUCAUCCUGCACCAGUGACAUGCUCCUCAGCUACAAACCCCCAGAUCUGCAGUACAGCAUGGAGCAGGCUGGGGUCUAGCACAGGAGCCCUGUGUGCGUCGUCCAUAUCAACCACCCUGAGUUGUUGACUUGAGUUGAGCAGCAUCACGCCAAACCACCGCUGUCUGUUCAAGCAGGGGGCGCUCUAUGUCCAUCUGUCUGUUUCCAUCUGUCCCUUCGGAGGGAGGGAGUGGGUGGGUUGGGCCAAAGGUGGGGUCCUUGGGGUUCAAAGGUCAAAGUGCCAGCAUUUUCUACACAGACAUCCAGCAUUGUUCUGUUGCAGGUCGUCUCCUCUUCAUCUUGGGUAGCUGGAGGUCUCACUCUCCACCCCCCCAGACCCCUCCCUUUCGACUCGCCAAGCUCACCUCCUCCGAUCGGCAACCCGGCCCGCUUCAAGCCCACCUGCAGCUCUGACCCGAACCUCCGUUCUUCCUUCACCCCCCCACCCCCGGCAACUGUAACGGCAUACAUUCAUUACGUGCCUGACUGGCCAGUGCAUUUACACAGCGACACAAUCAAACACACACACUGCUGCCACAAACCCAAAGUAUUCCCAUUCGGAGUGAGUGUGUGUGUUUGCGUGCAUAUGAGCAAGGCGAAGGCAACGGGGCGAGGAACGUCGGGGCUGAAACCUUAGCAACGAAGGCCCCUUUCAGGUGUUUUAGGCCGGGCUCUGAAUGGGCACCAAAAACCGCUCCAUCCAGCGGCGGAGCGCUUCGAAAUCGCACAGGACAAAAACAGCUCUGUUCUUCUUUCUUUUCAGGCAUUCUGUUUUGUUUUUUUGCUGGUUUUUUUAUUAUUAUUAUUAUUAUUUUAAGACUCAUUUUACAGUUAAUGUAGGCAUUAUGGUCAAUAUGGUUACUCUCAUGUUUUUCUGUAAAAGAUGUUUAUUAUAUGAAUUAUUAUUAUUAUUAUUAAAGGAGAAUAGUUAUAUGUUGCGAGGAGGACAACAAAGUUCUUUGACUUAAUUCUGCACUUUCGGUUCAUUCUGUCCCUCUGGGCUUCCUGUCCUCUCCUUCAUGCUUCACCUGCUUUUUACCCCCUCACCCCUCUCCUUUUCCCUACCUUCUCCAUCUCUAUAACACCCCCUCCACCUCUAUGUUCUCAUCCUCCUCUCCCACCAUGUCAGUGACCGUUGUAUUGCAUUGUGGGUAGUUUUACCAGACAUUUCCUCCUUUCCUUGUACAGUGAUGCCAUGUAUAGAACGCUAUUACAGUUUCUGUAUCAAAUCAUAUUUUUUCUUCCAUUUUAUUUAGUUUUUUGAUGUUGUUGGGGAAGUUUUUAUUUUUUAUUUUUAUUGGUAUUGUUUAUUGUUUGUAUUUUUGGAGUCUUUUAAUAUGUUUUCCUUUCUGUUUUUAUUUUUUAUUUUCUUUGUUUUAUGAAUCUUGAGAUUUCUAGCCAAAAGAGGACAGAGAAGAGGGCUCUGCUCCGUCUGUCGUAAAAAGCGAUUGUUAUUAUUUUAAUAUUAUUAUAUUGAGACACUUGAAUAAGAGAAGAGCAAUUAUUUUAUGUUGCUUUUUAAGGUAUCAUUUCAAUCGAUGUUGUUGUGACUGUCAUUCUAGUUGAUGUUGGGCCUGUUUUCUGUUACCGGGGUCGUCGUGGCGGGCUAUACAGGGUCAGGCUUGGGGCUUUGUCUGGGUUGGUUUGGGUGCUACAAAGACUCUUAAAAUAAAAAAGACAAAUAAACAAGGGAAUAACUUGUAAAAUAGCUGACAUAUCAUCCUAAACAUCCCAAGCCUGGAGACAGAUAAACCUACUUCUCCCCACCGCCCCUUCCUGCUGUGAUCCUCCCACCAUCCUCGACUACACUGACUUCUGACAAGAUGGCGCCUUAUGGACUCGGCCCUUCUUUCUGAGCUAAUUUUGCUACAACCACAGAGGAAAACUACAGCUUCAGUUACCCGUCUGUAUAUUUUUCUUUCCCUUUUAUUCAUGUUACUUGGUUCCUGCACCGGUUUGUUCAACCCUAAACCAGAAGCGAGGACGGGAGGUGAGAGCUGCGUCUCAUGAACCAUUAAAGGUUCCUGUCGUUGGAGGACGCCAGCGAACUGUGAAAGGGAAUAAUUUCAGGAGUCAUCUGAAGUCUUCUACAGUAAAUCCAAGAUUGUAUUCAGACAUGACUCUGAAGUUCGUUCAAAUUCAAGCUGCAGCACAUUGGGGACCAUCAUCAAUGAAUGAUACCUUCACCGUUAUCCUUUAUUUUUUUAUAUGUCUGAGCUCACUCUGUCCUCCCAAUAUAUUGAACAUGGAAACAAAGUUUGAUCAUCAGAGACUGCUUUAGAGAAAACAAAUCUCCACUCAUGUUUGUACAGGUCAGAUAUCCUAGUAACUGGCUGCACGGUUGACAUACUGUAUGCUAUAAUCGCCUGAGAGAGCUGCUUCUGUCCAAUCGGCUUGUUUUUAACCAAAGCUCGCCCAAACAGACCCAUUGCGAUUGGUUUGUCCUCUAAAACUAAGGGAGGGCUCUCAUCUCAUAGGAGCUCUGCCAUUACAGAUUCAGUGUUCACUUCAGCUCUGUUUCUCUUUCAUAUCUGUCCUUGUUUUUUUUCUUCCUCUCUGUUUACACCAAACCAAAGGAGGUCUGGAAGAGAAAGGAGCGUUUUAUCUGAAUACUGGAGCACGGUUCUGACAGCAUGGCAGCAAAAGAAUCCAACCAGGAACUUCACAUCUGAUUUAAUGUUGUGACUGGCCUGUGUUGUGGCCUGUGUUGGGUGUGUGUGUGUGUGUGUGUGUGUGGAGGUGGGCGCAGAUGCAUGGCAGAAGGGACCACUUAUGGGAAUUUAAAAGACUGCAGAGAAUUAUGAAGCAAGCUGCCUCGCAUAGACACAUUCAGCCUGAUCACCAUUGUUCUCUCCACCUCUUUUUUUUUUAACUCUGUCGACGCCGACUGUCGUCCUUUCUCUCCAUCCCUGCAAGCCGACUCUCUCUGCUCCUCCCCAUUUUCCUUAGAUUCAUUUGUUUUUCUAUCAGUUCAUUUUAUGAUUUUUUUUCCCCCUGUCAUCUUUGUUUCUGUUCAUUUCUGUUGGGUACAAAAAUACUAAAGUGCAACAACAAUGGUUCAAAAGAAUAUCAACCAAACUGAGAUGAAUAAAUAAAUAUAUAUAAAUAAAUAAUUUAAAAGUG